GCAAUUCUGAGUGCGGAGAAACAAUCAACAAUCGAAAACAAUAGUUAUUGUUGUUUAGUGCGGUGUUAACAAAAUGCUAGAGAACUGAAACACACACAGAAGAAAAAGAGAGCGGAAAAAACAGUGAAAGUGAACUGCGCCUCCGUGCCUCUGUGGCUCAAUCUCAAUCUCAAUCCGAAACUGAAAUCGAAAAAAACCCAAACAAAUACAAACCCAAACCAGAUCUUUCAACUGAUUGUCGAGCGAUUUCUGUAUUUCGUUUGUGCAUUAAAUAAAGCCCUAUUUUUAGUUGUUAAUUGCUCGGACUAGAAGGUCACUCGCUCCCCUGUCGAUAGUUAUUGAAUCAUAUGAUACGAACCAGAGUUCUGUACACCCUCAAUCGAUCUUAAAAGAUAUGUAAAGACUGCCUGAUGCGUGAAGUUGUCCUGAAUAGUUUCCUUUUUUUUACGUUGCUUGUCACCAUUUAUUUGUACCUGGAUGUUAUUGUUUUGAUCCUAAGGGCGUCAAACAUUUGUCCGUGAAACGAAAUAAAUUCAAGCUCAAAUCAGUAACGAGUCGAAAGCUCCGUUUAAUUCUAUAACGAUAUAUUAACCCUAUAAACGGAAUCCGCUACCCCGCAGAAACAUAGAGAGAGAGAGAGAGAGAGAGAGCGAGAGCGAGAGAGAGCGAGAAUCCCAGCCGAUCCCAGGAAAGAAAGAUCCCGACGCAAUGAGCGCCGUCGAUGCCAUCAUUAACUACAAGCGUAGUCCCAACGAGGACUUUUACGCCCUGCUCCACUGCGAUGAGACCUCGUCGCCCGAGCAGAUCCAGGCGGAGUACAAGGUGCUGGCCCUCCAGUACCACCCCGACAAGAACAGCGGCGACAAGGAGGCCGAGGCCAAGUUCCAGAACCUAAAGGAGGCCAAGGAGACCCUUUGCGAUCCGGAGAAGCGGGCCGUGUACGACAAGUGGCGCAACAGCGGCAUCUCGAUGAGCUACAAGCAGUGGCUGGGCAUGAAGGAGCAUGUCGGUCAGGUGAGAAGAUACACGAUUGCCGAGAAAGUGGAUAAAGAGUCGAUGCAUUGGGUCACCCCAAAAACCAAGGAUCGCAUGUUGCCGGAGACCGCAGAUGGAGCUGGAAUCGGACCGGGAGCUGGAGCCGGGGCUGGGUGCAGCAGCGGCGGGCUGACCGCAGCCUCCCCCAAUCCGGCCCAUCGCCGUGCCUCUGAGGGCGGGGCCGCACUCUACUACGGCGGACGGAAGACCGAGUGGGGGGCGGAGAACACGGAUGUGGCCAACAAGUUCCGCAACUACGAGAUCUAAACAGCAAAGAGCAAAGAGGCGAUGGGGGUGAGGUGUAGGAUGGGAUUGUUUAGAGGCCGGCUUGUGGCCGAUGGGAGUUUCAAUUUAAACAUAUAUACAAGCAUAUAUCAAAGCAAAGGAUCGGCAAGAUGAUCGUCCAGCAGAGUGCGGAAAGCAAAUUAUUCCAUAAACGUUAAUGCAAUUAUAUCAAAAUAUUCAACAAGAACAAAACAAAACAAAACAAA